CUUACUUGUGGUGACACUCUUUUUUUCCGAAGCACUUUUCUGUGCCACUGAAAACGUCAGACAUCACUCUCGUGUUACUACUUGUAUAACAAAGAUUUUGUAAAUCUAGUGACUGAAUUUUCAUCAUGUGUGGGAUAUUUGCAUAUCUAAACUUCUGUGUUCCACGAAAAAGGAAAUACAUUCUGGAACUUCUGAUCAGUGGUCUUCAGCGACUGGAAUAUCGAGGUUACGACUCUGCAGGAGUUGCAUUCGACGGAGUUGGAAAAAUGAGGAUUGUGAAGAAGCGAGGAAAGGUUGUUGCUCUUGAGGAAGAGAUCCAAGGUCAAAGUGAAUUUGACAUAGAUGAGGAACUUCCUAUUCACUGCGGUAUUGCACAUACACGUUGGGCAACACAUGGUGAACCAAGUGGAGUUAACAGUCAUCCCCAAAGAUCAGACGUGUCAAAUGAAUUUGUGGUAGUUCAUAACGGAAUUAUUACAAACUACAAAGAUAUAAAGAAAUUUCUGGAAACCAAAGGAUUUCACUUUGAGUCUGAAACAGAUACAGAGGUUAUUCCUAAGCUGGUGAAGUAUUUCUAUGACAAAACGAAAAAAGAAGGCCAAGACUUGGAGUUCAGAGAGCUUGUGGAGAUGACAAUACAACAACUGGAAGGAGCAUUUGCACUUGCUUUCAAAAGCACCAAGUUUCCAGGGGAAAUAGUGGCCACCAGACGAGGCAGUCCGUUACUCAUAGGAAUAAAGAGUCAGUUUCCCUUGAAAACAGACCGAUUGCCAGUUGUCUACAGUUCAGAUAAUUCAUCUGACGUAGAACCUGAAGCAGUUGACUCCACAUUUGCUACAAUGAAUGGUCACAGCUGGUCAAGUUUGGUUUCAAAUAAGGACAGCCCAAUUGAAUUUUACUUUGCAUCAGAUGCAAGCGCUGUUAUUGAACAUACUAACAGAGUAAUCUAUCUGGAAGACGAUGAUGUCGCUGCCAUCAGCAGUGGAAAUUUGUCAAUACAUCGCAUCAAGUAUGGAGAUGCAUCUGAGGAGAAUUAUUUCAGGGAGGUACAAACCCUGCAGAUGGAGCUGCAGCAGAUCAUGAAAGGAAACUACAGCUCCUUUAUGCAGAAGGAAAUAUUUGAACAGCCAGAAAGUGUUGUGAACACAAUGAGGGGCCGAGUAAACCUGGAAUCAGGAAGUGUGCGACUUGGUGGUCUGAUGUCUCAUAUUGAUACAAUUCGCCGAUGCCGUAGGAUACUGAUGAUUGCCUGUGGCACAAGUUUUCACAGUGCUUUAGCUACAAGGCAAUUGUUGGAAGAGUUGACAGAGUUGCCAGUUGUUGUAGAACUGGCCAGUGAUUUCCUUGAUCGAUCGACACCAAUCUUCAGAGAUGACGUUUGCUUCUUCAUCAGUCAAUCAGGCGAGACAGCAGACACUCUGAAUGCCUUGCGCUACUGUAAGGAAAGAGGAGCUCUUAUUGUUGGCGUCACAAAUACAGGUACAGCAGUUGGAAGCUCUAUUUCCAGAGAAAGUAUGUGUGGGUGUCAUAUAAAUGCUGGGCCAGAGAUUGGUGUUGCUAGUACAAAGGCUUAUACCAGCCAGUUCCUUGCUCUAACAAUGUUUGCGCUGAUGAUGUCUGAAGACAGAAUCUCUAUGCAACAAAGACGAAAGGAAAUUGUUGAAGGAAUGAGGCAAUUGCCUGAUCUUAUUAAGAAAGUUCUGAACCUGGAUGAGGAGAUUCAGUCCUUGGCACGGGAAUUAUAUAAACAGAAGAGUCUUCUUGUCAUGGGCAGGGGAUUCCAGUUUGCUACAUGCCUGGAAGGAGCUCUGAAAAUCAAGGAGUUGACUUACAUGCAUUCUGAGGGCAUCCUAGCUGGAGAGCUUAAACACGGCCCACUAGCACUUGUUGACAAAAACAUGCCUGUUAUUAUGUUGGUAUCAAGGGAUGCUGUCUUUCAGAAAUGCAUGAAUGCAUUACAACAGGUUACCGCACGUCAGGGCCGUCCCAUACUUAUUUGUAAUGAAGGUGACAAUGAAGUGAAAGGACAUGCAUUCCUAACUCUUGAGGUACCAAAGACUGUGGACUGUCUCCAAGGAAUCUUAUCAGUUAUUCCUCUUCAGUUGCUGUCUUUCCACAUUGCUGUUCUCCGAGGAUAUGAUGUUGAUUGCCCGAGAAAUCUGGCCAAGUCAGUGACUGUGGAAUAAAUUUCUCAAUAAUAUUGAGAAUAUCAGCACCACUCUUUUAAUAUAUUAAAAACAGUUGGCCACCACUCAUUUCUGUGAGGUUUUCAUAAAGAACUUCAUAAUGCUAUCAUAUUUUACAGUACAGUAUCACAAAUUUAGUAUUAAGUUCAAAGUAAUUAACUUAGCUUAACUCAAACUGCAAGGAAACAGAUGAAUAAUUUAUUUGUUCGUGAUUAAACACCAAAUCGCCAUCCAUUUAAUUGUAUUCAUCCAGACAUCAUUUCAAUUUCUUGGCUGAAUUUGGAGAAUAUAUUAGAUAUUUAUCAGUACAUGCAUGCAACUCCAGGAGAUCUGAAUACUGUAAUCAGUGGUAAUUAUUUUAAAGAAGUUUUUUCCCAGGCCACAACAGUGAUCUGUGGUCUGUGAUGCAUGUGGUGCAUCAUUAAUAAUAGACAACAUAAUUGCUAUUAAUAAUGUAAGGAAUUGAUAUUUUGAACAACAACCUACUGUAGACUAUGCAGUUAGAGUUAGGAAAUAAUUUGGUCUAGUUCCCUGAAUGGAAUUUUCGGGAAUGGUUUAAUAAUAAUUAUCAGAAAAAUUGGGAAUGGUGCAGAAAAAUGGUCAGAAUAGAUUUUAUUAGUGGAUGGUGUCCAUUUUCCAGUUUACUCUUACUAGAAUUGUCAAUAAUUUGACAGCUACAAACUAAGUUGUGAACCUGCUAUUAAGUUGACAAAACGUCAUGUAGAAUCAGUAAUGAACACCAUAUGGCUUUGUCUACAGUAGUCAGUAAUAGUCCUUGGUACUUUACAGCAUUUUACCACUUUGCAAAUUUAAGUCCUUUGAAAUUAUUUGUAUUUCCAGACUCACCUACCCCUGCUCACACUGCCCCCACCCCCCCCAAAAAAGAAAUUUUAAUGAAGAUCAAAUAUUAUUGUAGCUAGUUUAGAUAAGGGUGGUGAAGAAGGGGGGGGGGAUGAUUAUCAGGGUCAUUGGACAGCAAAAGUGCUAACUAUACCGAUUUAACUUUGGGCUUUUGCAUUUUUAUAUUGGAUCAAAGUUUUACAAUGCAGGUCAGGAUAGAUAAAUAAAUAGCCUUCUUAGCAAUUUAAGUUUUAUCUUGCUAAGCGGUCAGGUGGUUCUCUUUGCAUUCACAUUUUAGCAAGGGCCGUGGGCAACAGAUUCAUUAGUAUAUCAAAUACCAGUAGAAGGGCAAUUACCAACAAUACUACUUUGACAUAUCAAAGUAACUACA